AUGUUGGGCGAAUUUUUGUCAACAAUCUCUUACCACUACAAAGAGGGAAAUGUGAACUGGCCGAUGGGGAUCUAUAUCAGUUUGGUUCACAUCCUGGCGUUCAUCGGAAUCCCCACAAUGUUCAAGUGCUCUUCAGAGACACUGAUGUGGGCUUUCCUGUGCUGGCCCAUCAGCGGAAUUGGUAUUACUGUGGGAGCUCACAGACUGUGGUCCCAUCGAUCUUAUGAAGCAUCUUUCCCUGUCAGAUUCUUUCUGAUGCUCUGUAACUCCAUGGCGAACCAAGGAAGCCUUUUCCAUUGGUCUCGAGACCAUCGUGUUCAUCACAAGUUCAGUGAGACCGAUGCCGAUCCUCACAACGCUACCAGAGGCUUCUUCUUUGCUCACAUGGGAUGGUUGUUUGUGAAGAAACAUCCCGAUGUCGUCAAAGCCGGAAGAGAGAUGGACUUUUCUGACUUGAUGGAAGAUUGGUGUGUUGUUAUUCAGAAAAAACUUGACCCUUGGUUUGCUCUUUAUAUGUGCUACGUAAUGCCAGCACAAGUGGCAGCUCACUUCUGGGGAGAAGACUUCUGGAACGCAUUCUUUGUGGCUGGUGCUCUUCGAUACUGUGUGGUCCUUCACUUUACUUGGUUGGUCAACUCUGCCGCUCACCUGUAUGGUGACCAUCCCUACGAUGUCCAAUCGUAUCCCAGUGAGAACCCCUUUGUGUCCUGGUGCGCCAUUGGAGAAGGAUGGCACAACUGGCACCACAAAUACCCUUUUGACUACGCUGCAUCUGAAUUUGGUGUUUCAUCUCAGUUCAAUCCAUCAAAGCUUAUCAUUGAUUUGAUGGCCUCGACUGGUUUGGUUUGGGGCCGCAAGCGAGGAACUGCGGCAUGGUUGAUGGGAAGGGCAAGGAGAGACCGUGACCGUGCCAAUGGUGUGGAGGUCACCACGCUGACCCGUCCAAGCAAAAAAGCCGACUAG